ACGUGUGUAAUGUAUGUGAUUGUGUGUAUACGUUGCUUGUUUUCUUUAAAUCAGAUGUUUACCUGUCACUGUCAUAAAUGUAUACUUUUUAAUUUUUAAAAAUGUUAAGAUUUAUUUUUACAAUGAGAUACUAAAAAAAAGUGGCCAAUCAUUUUAUUCUUUGUUAAGUGACAUCGAUUUUGUAUCCAGUUUCAGUUUGAAGGUGAAGCAACACUCAUGAUUCGAUCUUCUCCUUUCUGAGAGACAUAACCUUGAUUUUAAUGAAUUCUCGAUUUCAUAUGGCAGUGUCGAUAAAUGAAAUUUGUGAAAAUACAAAAUUAGCGAGAGAAAUGGCUUUAACUGGUAACUACGACACGUCUGGAGUUUAUUAUCAAGGAGUAGUUCAACAAAUUCACAGAUUACUUGCCAGCAUUGUGGAUGUAACUCGUAAAGCAAAGUGGCAACAAGUUCAACAACAAAUUGUUCAAGAAUUCGAAAAAGUUAAAGCUACUUCUAAUACUUUGCAACUUUUUAAAGUGGAUUCUCAAACGGAACGAUUGUUGGCAACUAAUUGUUUAUCAUAUGAGGAACCAACACGUGAUCCUGUUUACUGGUCUGGUGGAAGUUCUAGUGCUUGGGGUCAAUCAAAUCUUCCUCGGGAUCCCGAUGUUUGGCCACCUUUAACACCAGCAGAACAAAAAAAUUUUAAACCUCAAAAAAAUCAGCCAAAACUCCAACAGAAUCGAUCAGGUUUACGCAAACCCGCAAUCACUACGGGGAAAAAGACUGAUGUAAAAACUGCCAAUAAAAAAGACGACAAAAAGCCAGUCAAAAAAGAUGAGUCCAACAAGGAUAAAACUGAAACUGAAAAAGCAGAAGAAGUUGAAGAGAGGAAAUUCGAACCAUCUGGAAUGGAUAAAGAUCUUGUUGAUGUAUUAGAAAGGGAUAUUGUCCAAAAAAAUCCAAAUAUUCAUUGGGAUGAUAUCGCUGAUCUUCAUGAAGCUAAAAGACUGUUGGAAGAAGCAGUUGUACUUCCUAUGUGGAUGCCAGACUUUUUUAAAGGAAUUAGAAGGCCUUGGAAAGGCGUUUUGAUGGUCGGUCCACCUGGUACUGGAAAAACAAUGUUAGCUAAAGCUGUUGCAACGGAAUGUGGAACUACUUUCUUUAACGUUUCGUCUUCCACUUUAACGUCUAAAUAUAGGGGCGAGUCCGAAAAACUAGUGCGAUUACUUUUUGAAAUGGCCAGAUUUUAUGCUCCCAGCACAAUUUUCAUCGAUGAAAUUGACUCAUUGUGUUCUAGACGAGGCUCAGAAUCCGAGCAUGAAGCUUCGAGACGAGUCAAAUCUGAACUUCUUGUUCAAAUGGAUGGAAUUAGUUCAAAUAGUGAGGAUCCAAGCAAAGUCGUUAUGGUCCUUGCAGCUACAAAUUUUCCAUGGGAUAUAGAUGAAGCACUUAGAAGACGUUUAGAGAAACGAAUAUAUAUUCCACUACCUAAUGAUGAAGGAAGAGAAUCUCUUUUAAAAAUUAAUCUUCGUGAAGUAAAAGUUGAUGUUUCCGUAAAUCUAAAAGAAAUUGCAAGGAAACUCGAAGGCUAUUCAGGAGCCGAUAUUACUAAUGUUUGCAGAGACGCUUCCAUGAUGUCGAUGCGAAAGAAAAUUGCAGGUCUGAGACCCGAUCAAAUAAGACAGUUACCAAAGGAAGAACUGGACUUGCCAGUAUCUGCAGAGGAUUUUGACGAAGCUGUUGAACGAUGCAAUAAGAGUGUUUCGCAAGAAGAUUUGGAGAAAUAUGAAAAAUGGAUGAGUGAAUUUGGAUCGUCUUGAUACAGUGGCUUCCAACUUCAUUAAAUGUCCGAGAAUCCCAUUUUAUUUCCUAAUUGCCUUAAAAAAAAUAAUUGUAUUAAUUGUUCCCGUGUAAUAUUAGAAUAAUAGAAAAUUUAAAUUCAACGUAAUAAUUUAGGUUUUGUAGAGCUCAAUUCAACGUCUUUUUGGACGAUAUUUAUUUUUAUUAUUAAAAAAAUAUAUCUAUUAAUACACUGA